AGAAAACCCACGCAGGCACGGGGAGAACAUGCAAACUCCACACAGGCGGGGCCGGGGAUUGAACCCGGGUCCUCAGAACUGUGAGGCUGACGCUCUAACCAGUCGGCCACCGUGCCGCCCUUUUGAGACCUUAGCUGUAUGUCACCGGUGAUCGAUGUCCGUAGGGAGAUUCAGGAAGCCGGCUGGGAGAGCCUCUCCGCAUCAUGACAGAGUACUGGGUCGGGACCACAUGACCACCCACACCGGUGUUGGCAGCCAACAGCUUCUCGAAAAGAGGAUGUGGGAGGAAACCGCAGUACACGGAGAAAACCCACGCAGGCAUGGGGAGAACUCCACACAGGUGAGCCCGGAUUUGAACCCGGGUCCUCAGACCUGUGAGGCAGAUGUGCUAACCAGUCAUCCACCGUUCCACCUAAAAAUUGGUCAUUUGUGGCAAUUUUAUUAUUGUUUUUGUUUACACAGUAAUUAUUGUAUGAAUUAUGCUCCAUAAAUGCAAAAUAAUAUUUGUAUUGAGGGUUUCACAACUACGAUCCACCCAUUGCUCGGAAAAAUGUUUCAUUUCCUUGCCGUCAUUUCCUUCUACAUUUUAGGUGUGCCACCAACUGGGCCAGUGCGGAAAAUGAAUCGGGCAUUCACUAAAUAUAAAAAAAUAAACUAUUGAAGACCAGCAAGAUGUUAGAGGAGCUGACAAGCUUAAUCAGCAUUUUGUCAUCUCCUCUAGUGUUGGCUAUAAAACAUUAUUAUAUUUUUGUUUUUAACAAAAAAGAACAAAAAAGAAAACGUGGCUUUAGUUUUAAAUCAACAAAUUGUGCUCCCAUGAGCCACGUUUCACCUCAUUUCGCAGUAAGACUCGCUAGAUGGAGCUCUUAUACGACUUUAACAAGUGUUGCCCAUUUCACGAAUCCGCCAGUAGUGUGUUGUUCAUACCCUCCGUACACGUUGUGAGCAUAAGCUGCGUCCUGGAGCAACAGUACACAAGAUGCAGGUCUGACAUGCAGUUGGUCGCUUGGGGCGGAUACAGCAUCACCGGGAGACACUGAGCCGCAGUAUGCAUCGGAGGGUGAAGUUGGACCAGAGCAUAGAAGCGUGGAAGUUGUCUUUUUGGUGACACUCUUGUUCGCUUGCCGCCACUUGCCCGAUUUAAAGUUAUGCGUUCGAGUUCUGUGCUCCCCCGCACCCACGGCACGGUGAAUGGACCUGCGUGUGCACAAUGAUGAGCAGCGAUCUUUCCAUUAUGACGAGGAGAUGUCUUCUCACUUACAAACCUUUCAGGAUUUUCGUGGUGGGAAUUGGAUUCUUCAGUCUGUGCUUUCUAAUGACCUCUCUCGGGGGCCAGUUCUCAGCCAAGCGACCCUCAGAUUCCCCUUUCACCACACGAGCCGAAGUAUUUGGGGGUCAAGAAUCCCGCGGUGUGCUCAGGAAAAUCAGUGACAUGCUGGAAGUCAUUAUGAAGCGGAUGGAUGCCCUGUCUAGACUGGGUAACACCACUGAAAACCACAAGUUGGACGAGCUUGCGUCUGUCCUUGACAGAAUUCAGCCAAUAGGUCUGGUGGAGCGGAUCCAGGCCAUAGCCCAGAACAUGUCGGACAUGGCAGGGAGGGUGGAGCAGAUUCUACAGCGCAGCAUUGCAACCAAAAGAAUUAAGGAAGGAACAUUCGGACAGUGUGACAUUUCUAAAGACCCUCGUUAUCCAGACUGCCCCAGCAAGAUGGAUUGGAUGCGUGUCCGUUGGACCUCUGACCCGUGCUACGCUUUUUAUGGAGUUGAUGGCUCGGACUGCUCCUUUCUCAUCUAUCUGAGUGAGGUGGAGUGGUUCUGUCCCCCACUAGCCUGGAGGAACCAGACUGCUACGCCCACCUUGAGGCCUCAACCCCGGAAACAAGCUGUUUUCCGGUUUGACACAGGCGCUCUGCUGGAGCAGGUGGGCACCGGAAAGGAGUCUCUAAACUUCAUGAAGAGACGCAUACGCAGGCUGGCAACACAGUGGGCCUCUGCUGCUCGACGGCUGGAUGACAAGCUGCGCAGCCACUGGAGGGACGAGAAGCGGAUUCUUGUCCACGUGGGAUUUCUGACAGAGGAGUCUGGUGAUGUGUUCAGCCCUAAGGUGCUGAAAGGGGGUCCGCUGGGUGAGAUGGUGCAGUGGGCUGACAUCCUCACAGCUCUCUAUGUGCUUGGACACGACCUCAAGAUCUCUGUUUCUGUCAAGGAGCUGCAUGGGUUUUUGGGGGUCCCGCCUGGAAGAGGAAGUUGCCCUCUGACUGGCCCUCUGCCCUUUGACCUCAUCUACACAGACUACCACGGCCUGCAGCAGAUGAAGCAGCACAUGGGGCUGUCACUGAAGAAGCACAAGUGCCACAUCCGUGUGAUCGACACUUUCGGCACCGAGCCGGCCUACAACCAUGAGGAAUAUGCCACUCUGCAUGGCUACAGAACCAACUGGGGCUACUGGAACCUUAACAGCCAACAGUACAUGACCAUGUUCCCUCACACCCCAGACAACUCUUUUAUGGGGUUUGUGGCAGAGGAGCUGAACGAUACUGCCAGACUGAACAUCCAAAAGAACAAAGUAAACAACAUGGCUGUCGUCUAUGGCAAAGAGGUCAGCAUAUGGAAGGGUAAGGAAACAUUCCUGUCCAUCCUGCAUCGCCACAUGGAGAUCCAUGGGACAGUGUACUAUGAAACACAACGUCCCCCAGAGGUGCCUGCCUUUGUGAAGAACCAUGGCCUUCUUCCCCAGCAGGAACUCCAGCAGCUCCUUAGGAAGGCAAAGCUGUUCAUUGGUUUUGGAUUCCCGUAUGAAGGCCCCGCCCCUUUGGAGGCCAUCGCCAAUGGCUGCAUCUUUCUGCAGCCCAAGUUUAGCCCUCCUCACAGUUCUCUCAAUCAUGAGUUCUUCAGAGGGAAGCCCACCUCCAGGGAGGUGUCCUCUCAGCAUCCCUAUGCAGAGCAGUACAUCGGCAAGCCGCAUGUGAUUACCGUUGACUUCAAUAACUCGGAAGAGUUUGAUGCAGCCAUCCGUGACAUAAUGAAGAUCAACGUGGAGCCUUUUUUGCCAUAUGAGUACACCUGUGAGGGCAUGCUGGAAAGAGUCCAUGCCUACAUUCAGAACCAGGACUUUUGUUCUCCUGAAGCUCUGUUUCCUCCAGUGAACGCUUCCCGGAUCUGGCAGGGCAGCUUACUCGCUCCUUUCAUGCUCCUGCCCAACUCUAGCCUCCUAACUUGGGCCUCCAACGUCACCUCCUACCCAUCCUGGCCCCCGCUAGGUGCCCUGCAGCUCUUGGCUUCGCUGCAGGGUGAGUCUUGUGUGAAGGCCUGCCAGGACGCGGGGUUAAUCUGCGAACCUGCCUUGUUUCGUUUCAUCAACAUUAAGGAAGCCUUCAAUGCGCUGGACUUCCAAUGUGCGGGGCUGGAGUCAGAGAUAAAUCACCUCUUUCCUGCCUUCUCAGCAGAACAUGCAGAAUGUGGCCUGCAGCAGGACCCGUUGCUGUUCAGCUGUGCAGGUGCCAGCAUCAAAUACCAGCGCCUUUGCCCCUGUAGAGACUAUCGAGAUGGUCAGGUGGCACUGUGCAGAGACUGCUGGUGACCGGAUACGCCCGGUCCUGUUAUCCCUGGAGAUCCUCUCCGACUAGGUAGCUUGUGGUCCAAUGUUUUGACCGGGGCCGUUGUGGAAAAUCCUUUACAAUGUAGCUGUCAAAGUAAGUAAAAAAAACAAACAAAAAAAACACUCAGGGACUUGCAUGAUUGUACUUUAUAUCUUGUGGGCUUUGAGUUUCAGUCGAAAGGUUUACGUGGUUGCUUUGGGACCACACAAAAGUUAUUGACUGAGGAUGGCAUAUACUGGAUCUGUAAGGUUACAAACCAAUUCCCAUGCAAUCUAAGGGCCAUAUCAUGCUUGAAAUUCUUUGUGUGUUUUGAUAUUGUGUGAAUCCUUUCAGUGAUCACAGUGGCUACUUGUAUCAGAUGCACUCAAUGCCAUUUACACCAUAUUGAGAAGUACUAUUUUCCAUGUUCUGUAUUUGUACAUAAUUAUUUAAUAAAAUAGAAAACAAAAUGCUAUAAUUUGUGAACUUAAAUAUAUUAAAAGACACUUACCUAUG